CUGGUAGCUUGUGUAUCCAGCGAAGAGAGAGAGAGCGAGAGAGGCGUAGAUCUCUCAUUUCACAGUGAAGGAUCGAAACUGAGAGGACGACGAAAGCAGCAUCGAAAUGGAUCCGAACGCAGUGGCCAAGGCAUUCGUGGAGCACUACUACUCCACGUUCGACACGAACCGCCAGGGGCUGGGCAACUUGUACCAGGACGGCUCGAUGCUCAGCUUCGAGGGUCAGCAGUUUCAGGGGGCUCAGAACAUCGCGGCCAAGCUAGCCAGCCUCCCCUUCCAGCAGUGCCAGCACAGCAUCACCACCGUCGAUUGCCAGCCUUCUGGCCCCGCUGGCGGCAUGCUCGUUUUCGUCAGCGGCAAUCUCCAGCUCGCUGGUGAACAGCAUGCCCUCAAAUUCAGUCAGAUGUUUCAUUUGAUGCCGACACCACAAGGAAGUUUCUAUGUGCAGAAUGACAUAUUCCGCUUGAAUUAUGCCUGAAGUUUGUUGGCUCUCUUGAAGUCAAUAGAGGAUUGCUAUUUUGAUUGAAGGAGCAGGGCUUGAACAAGUUUGCUGAACUUUAUAUGGCUGUUUUGGGUCGAAUGAUGUUGAAUUGACAUCUAUUGCUUUGCUGUUUUGCUUUUGCCUUUUUUCAGUUGGAUUAUGGGACUCAUUUGUUGUUGUGAUUGGAUGCGUUAAUGAAAUGACUCUGAAGACUAGUUUAAAUUGUU